CCUUCCUAUGAUAAGACAGGCUUGGAGGUUCCUCCUUAGCUGUGGGCUCAGAGGCAGAGCUCUGGGGUGUCUCCACCAUGGCCUGGACCCCGCUCCUGCUCACCCUCCUCACUCUCUGCACAGGCCCUGUGGUUUCCUCUGCAAUGACUCAGGACCCUGCAGUGUCUGUGGCCUUGGGACAGACAGCCAUGAUUACCUGCCAGGGAGGUGGCAUAGGAACCUAUUCUGCAAGCUGGUAUCAGCAGAAGCCAGGCCAGGCCCCUGUGCUGGUCAUCUAUGGUAACAACAACCGGCCCUCAGGGAUCCCAGACCGAUUCUCUGGCUCCAGCUCAGGAAACACAGCUUCCUUGACCAUCACUGGGGCUCAAGUGGAAGAUGAGGCUGACUAUUACUGUGGCUCCUGGGACAGCAGUGGUACUCAUUAUGUGUUCGGCGGUGGCACCACGCUGACUGUUCUCGGUCAGCCCAAGGCCACCCCCACGGUCACUGUGUUCCCGCCCUCCUCUGAGGAGCUCCAAGCCAACAAGGCCACAUUGGUGUGCCUCAUAAGUGACUUCUACCCGGGAGCCGUGACAGUGGACUGGAAGGCAGAUGGCAACAGCGUCAGGGAUGGAGUGCAGACCACCAAACCCUCCAAACAGAGCAACAACAAGUACGCGGCCAGCAGCUACCUGAGCCUCACGCCGCAGCAGUGGAAGUCCCGCAGCAGCUACAGCUGCCACGUCACGCACGAGGGGAAAACUGUGGAGAAGACAGUGGCCCCUUCAGGAUGUUCUUAGGCCCCCAACCCUCACCCCACCCACGGGGCCUGCAGUUGCAGAAUCCCAGGGGAGGGGUCUCUCCCCCAAUCCCAAGUCAUCCAGCCCUUCUCCCUGCACCCAGUAAACCCUCAAUAAAUGUCCUCACUGUCAACCAGAAA